AUGCUCACCCCAUUUUUGGGGAUAUCACCAUUAAUGGCGACUUGAGGAUUCCAAAGUGGCCGUAUAAAUGCAGAGGGGUGCCAUUAUUGGGGAGAUCGCCAUUUGUAUCACCAAAAACUGGGACGAAAAUGGCGAUGGAAGCUAAUUUGGGGGGGGGGGGGGAAGGUGGUGGCGGGACAACCGCCCAAGCGGGCAGUGCGCCGCACGCGGGAGGGCGUCCUGCCACCACCCUUUAUUUAUUUUUUUGGUUUUAAUUAGGGGUUAGGGUGUUUUUAAUGACUGUUUUAAUUAGAGUUUGGGUGUUUUAAUGGUUGUUUUAAUUAGGAGUUAGGAUGUUUUAAUGGUGUUUUAAUUUUAUCUUUAAUUUAUAAUGGUUGUUUUAUUAAUUAGCGGUUGUUCAUUUUUUGCCGACUAGCAUAGGAAUUUGGCCUAAUUGUUCAAAUUUGGUAUAAAGUAGAAACCUAAAUUUCUUCAGGGAUUUAUGGUUAUGAUUGCAUUUGCUUUUCAAAGUUAUUCCUUCAUCUACUAGUAUAUUAAUAGCACAAAGUAAGAUUCCAGACGGCCUGAUUGACGAAGUACACAGUUUGAUCAAUAAUUUCCGGUGGGGUCAAAAGAACACAGAAAGAAGGGCUCAUUAGAUUCGGCGCGAGGAGCUCGUGACGAUGAAAGAAGACGACGACCUUGGUUUUAGGGACCUUCGGGGUUUCAACUUGUACUAAUGGCUAAGAAACUAUGGUCUCUUCAUGUGUGUCCCGAGGUGCUUAUCUCCAAGAUCCUAGCAGCGAAAUACCAUAAAAAUUGCUCCAUUCUUGAUGCUAGGUUGGGAAGCAGGCCGAGUUGUAUUUGGACGAGCUUACUCAGUGCACAAGACUUCUUGUGCGAAGGCCUUCGUUGGAGAGUCGGCAAUGGAGCCCAGGUUAGGAUUUGGGACGAUUAAUGGCUGCCUAGCGAUCCUCCUUUUGUCUACUCCGCCCCAACCACCUUGCCGGUGGACUCAACUGUUCACGACCUCAUCGACCCAGACACAGACGACCGGAAUAUUGAGCUGGUCAAUAUGUGCUUCCCGGAAACCAUUGCCCAAACCGUGCUAUCUAUAUCGCUCAGGGGAACGGAGGAGCCAGAUUGCCUUAUAUGGCGACACAGCGAGAAUGGCGAGUUUACGACGAGGAGGGGUAUCAAAGAUGGCUUGCACAGUUCAUGGUAGCUGAAGGUAUCACCCCGAUUGGCGACGAGAAACUUUGGAUGACAAUUCGGACAAUGAAAGUCCCGCCUAAAGUACGCAUUUUAUGUGGCACUUCUCUAGGGAAAUCCUUCCUACAAGUGAGAAGGUGGCAGCGAAGAAUCCGAGAUGAUCGGACAAGUGCCCGUUUUGUAAUGCGACGGAGACACAACGACACAUUUUCUUUGAAUGUAGUUGGAGUUGCAGGAUCUGGAGAGGGACAACCUAGGCGAGUGCUUUUGGCAUUACGGGAGUACCAAACUGUUGUUCAUGGGUGGCGGAGGUGAUAAAACUGGAAAGACAAGCUAAUUUGGUGCAUUGGGCUAUGCUGCUCUGGGCCAUCUGGAAGGAGAGGAACGCUCAGCUCUUCAAUGGCACUAAAUGGACUGAGGAUGAGAUUGUGAUGCGAGCAAUAUCUCUCGUGGAUGAAUACAGUAAAAAUCAAGGCCCGUAGGAGGCAGGGGACGACAUCCAAUCGGCUGCAACCUGGUUAAGACCUGUCGAGGUACAAAUUAAAGUGAACACAGAUAAAAGCCUGUUCGCAACUGGAGGCAUAGGUCUCGGGGCUGUUUUUUGGGUCCAUCAGGGAUGGUUCCUAGCGGCUGCAGCUAAGAAGGUUCGGGGUUCUUUCGAGUUGGAGAUGGCUGAAGCCCUUGCAGCGAAACUUGGUGUCCAACUCGCGCAUCAGCGCGGUUUUCCAGCACCUACAGCUUGAGUUGGAUUGUCUUCCAUUGGUGGAGAAGCUUCGACAUCCAAAUAGUGUUCACACGGAACUAGAAGUCAUCUCCAGGCGCAUUAUAAAUCUCUUACAAGAGAUGGGAUCGAGCAGAGCUUGUAUUACACAUGUGGGAAGAGAAGCAAACAACGCAGCACACAUCAUGGCGCAUAGCGAGACCCGUUGGGAUAGCAGAGAAGUGUGGAUCGAUAGACCACCGAUUUUCCUUGUAGACCAGCUUAUACUGGAUGAUGUAACUGUCGCACACUGAUUAAUAUAUUUCUACAGGUUACCCGUUAAAAAAAAAAUAUUAAUAACCCAAAGUGAAAACUCCCAACCCCAUUCAAAAAUUGUUGCAUCGGGAGUGAUUUUCAGAGGGGUAUUUUCGACAGUGGCGACAAAAUAAUUUAAUGUGCCGAGUGGGCUGACUGCUGCUCUGCGCUAUGAUUUGGGCUUCGACCUAGCAAAGAGAUACGACUCCGUCGUUGCAAGGAAGCGGGUUUUUUGGUUUUGGGUGGGAAAUUGUAUUUUUUAAUUUUUGUCUUCUUUUGGAUUUUGGUGGGAAGAGAAACUCUUGCAAUAGCUAAAAUGAGCCCCUAAAAGAAAUUAAAUAAUUCAUUUCAUCCUAUUCCCUCUUUCUCUUUGGUCUCUAUCUCUUCUCAUCUCAAUCUCAUAUCUUCUGUAUCUGGAAAUUUUUUUAUAUCUCCUCUGUUUCUCUUUUCAAUCUCAAAUCAGAUCCAGUAUCCAUCUCUCGACUCUCUUGAUCUUUCUUAGUCAUUUUCCUUUCCUAGAACGAACCAAAGGAAGUGAAGUGAAGGUGCAAUCUCAUUCUUUCCCAAAGCGACGCCGCACAGUGACGACGAUGGUAAAGAUCUAGGUAAUUUUUUGUUAUUUCAUGUUUGAAUCUUUUGGGUGUUUUAGGGUUCCUAACCUUCUUUCCUCUGUUUUUUUUUUGUCGAGGAGGAGAUAUUAGGAAAACGAGCUGGCCGGCGACCGUCAGGAGAAGAAAUCUUAUGUUUUUCUUGAUUUUUGUUUAGUUAUUGUUACAUGUUUGAUUUUUUUUUUUUGCCUCUUUUGUGUUUUAGGAUUUCUGAAACUCUUUCCCUUUUUGUUCUGUUUUUUUUUGUCGAUAAGGGGACAAUGGAUAAUAGACUCGGUCGAGGGCACAUUUGGAUGGAGCAUAGUUACUACAAAUUCUUUAGAAAAUCCCCCUUCUGGCUUGCAAGUGGUGACUCGUUUUCUGCUCCAUUCUUCUUUGACCAAUUUGAGGGAGGGCGACAACGGAUAUGUUGCUGCCUUAGAUUAGGAUGUGGGGAGAGGGUGAGAAAAUGUGGGAGAUUGAGAGAUGGAGGAAGAGAGAGGUCAAAGCUUCUUUUGGAUUGAUUUUGAUUUCUUUAGGAUUUUGAAUUUGUGCGGUUGCGUGUAGGUAAUGGGUAGGUGAGAAGGGGAGGAGAAGGAAGAAUGAUGUGGUUUGGGCAUUUAGUGGAGCAAUUGGAGGGGGAUUUAUAAUAAAAUUGUUGGGUUAUUAAAUUUUAGUCAUCUUAUUAUCACAUUAUUACAAUAAAUAUUUAUUCUUUAAUAUCCACUUACUCAAUCGGGCCAACGGGUCAAACUGGGUUGACAACUUUGUUUUGGAUACCCGAAUUUGUGGGUUCCAGUUCCACGUUCAUGCUCCAAUUCACCAAAAUGCAAAUUUCGAGCAAAUCGUGUAUAAUUCGCAAAUUGGUUUUGACGGGAGCACGGAAUUUUUUGGCAAAUCGUAUGUAAUUCGCGAAUUGAUUUUGACGGUAGAGUGAAUUGGUCGUGGGAGAACAUGAAUCCAUCAAAAUGACCUUUUGACAUAGAGUGUAAAAAAAAAAACUUUGAGCUACUAAUGGGGUAAGUAGGGGAACUAAGAGUAGACUCACCAAGAGGCUAGAACACUACGACCAUCAGCUCUAAAUAGAUGAAGGAGAUAUUAAUUGAGGUUGGUUGAACUGAAAAUGAAGGAAAUACUAACAAGUAGUGAGAUCGGGCUCUAAGAUGUAAGGGGUACUUCGUUUUGGAGGAGACAAGGAGUUUCCGCGUCGGAGGGAUUUCGCGACCAGUAUUCGUCGGAGAACUCGAUGAACCAACACCUUUGGAUUGAGGGAAAUCAUCCACCGACCGUCUGGAAGCUGGUGGAUAGAAUUAAUGUCCUUUCUGUUUUUUUAGAUCAACUUAAUAAUGAGCUUUUAGAACAUAACUGGAGAUGGGAAGCCCAAAGGCCAUUCACUAAUUAUGACGCUCCAUCAAGCUCUCGCAAUUAGAGUAGUUGAGAAUCAUGUGUUUACUGUUAUCCACAUGAUGUUCAUGGGAUUUGGUUUGUCUGUUAUUUUUUUAUUUUGGUUUUUGAGUCUUGAAUAUUUUCGGAAUAUAGCAAUUUCAUUUUG